AUGAUCGAAAAAACUCUCCAAACAUUUCAUCCUGGAAAUGUAAUCCUGCAACAACAAUAUUGGGCAAAAGGUUAUACCACUUACUCGGAGUUGAUGCAAGUCCUCCUUGUAGCUGAACAAACUAAUCAGCUCGUGAUGUUAAACCAUCAAACUCGUCCAAAUGGAUCAUCGCCAUUUCCAGAAGCAAAUGUUGCAUCAUCUAGUCAAAAUAAUCGAACCGAACGUGGACGCGGACGCGGUCGAGGCCAUAACCGUGGUCGCAGACGAGGUCGUGGACGAGGAAGACAAAAUGAUGUUGGUAGGGAAGCAGGAAAGCAAAAAGAAACUGCUUGUUACAGAUGCGGCAUGAAAAAUCAUUGGGCAAAAACCUGUCGUAUGCCAAGACAUUUAGCCGAUCUGUACCGAGAAUCACCAGAUGCCAAAGAAAAGGAUAAAGGAAAGAAUUUUGAUACCAAUUUCAUCUCUGAUGAAGCUGGACCUUCUUAUGAUGGCAUAAUUGAUUAUACUCAUCUUGAUAUCGCUGAUUUCCUUGUUGAUCCUGAAGAAUCAACGGAAACAAAGCGAUUAAGAUCGAUGUAA